AUGACAAUGAGACUUGCGAAUACGAAACCGGUAACGUCCUUUCGCUCGUUUACCUGCAAACCUCACUCGAUGAACCUUGGUUCGGACUCUUUCGUCAGUCCGCUUGGCCAAAGCCCUCACACUCUUCGCUCCUCACCCCGCGUUUUCAUUUUCUCCAGGCCAUUGUCCCGCGGCAGCGCUAAUAUACGCCCUUCGGAUCGAAUCCUUUUCGUCCCGUUUAUCGGCGCAGGGGUGAUGGGGGGGGGGGAAGACAAGACGUGA